AUGGGAGACCCUAGGCGAAGCAGGCGACCCGAUAGUCGUCAAAUGUGGGACGAAUCCGACAGACGCGAUAGGCGUGGAGGGCAUAAUAGGGACAACGACCGCGAUCGCAGAGGAUACAGGUCAAGAUCACGCGAACGCCGUGGAUACAGAGAUAGAUCGAGAUCGCUAGACAGGAGACAUCGAGAUCGAGAUCGAGAUGGUGAUAGGAACAGACCUAGGAAUAAAGGCCCACGCCAUCAUGAUGACCGAGACCCCAGAGACAGACGCAGAGAGGAUGCAGAGGAUGCACCACCAAGACAGAGACGAGAUGAGCGUCGCGAAGAUGAUAGAGACAAGCGAACAGGCAAAUCUCGUCGCUCAGCGUCACCACAAUCACGAAGUCCUACUCACGAAGCACUUCCCACGCGCCCUCGCCCCGACACAAAGCGCCCGGCACCAAACAUGUCCUUCAACGUCGGCUCUCGCGCAAGCCGCUCACCACCACCGCCUUCACGCGCACAGCGUGAAGAGGAAAAUAGCCGCUCAGAAGAGGGCCAGGCUUCAGAGCUUGAAGAGGAUCCUAUGGACGCAGAGGACGACGAUAUGGCCGCUAUGCAGGCCAUGAUGGGCUUCGGCGGGUUUGGAACAACCAAGAACAAGAAAGUUUCGGGCAACAAUGCUGGUGGUGUGCACAAAGAGAAGAAAACGGAGUAUCGUCAGUAUAUGAACAGGAACGGCGGAUUCAACAGGCCUCUGAGUCCAUCACGCUGA